AUGCCAUCCCGAUCCACCAGUCCUUUCCAGACCGCCGACAACCUCGCUCAGAUCCUCAACCUUCGGUCUGAGGACGAAAGCCAGGAUAUGCAGGAGAAGCCGGACCACUCGCAAAUCACCAGUCGUGGUACACCUGCUCGCCAUUCCCGCCGACAGCGAUCGGAGUAUCGAUCCUGGGAUCGAGCGAGUGAUGUACCUAGAAAAGGAACGACUGGGUCAAAGUAUCGGUCGCGAUCGAGGCAUUGA